AUGUGUAAAAAGGCCAUCUGCGGAACAUGCAACAAGACUUCCUGGUGGGGUUGCGGCAGCCACAUCCCGUCUGUCAUGGACACUGUUCCUGAUGCUGACCGCUGUGCGUGCGAGCCCAAGGUUGAAGUCGGCGGUGUUUCGUACCCGCCCAUGGCCGCAUCUCCAAACUGA